AUGCUUUCGGAAUUGCGCGGAUUUGAAAAUCCUGAUAUCAAGCUCGAGCAAUAUGGGACCUCACCAGAAUUAGCCGGUAAGUCGCUCACCAUCCUUUACAGAAAAACCAUACUAAAUGGCCAUAAUUCAGUAGCUAUUACCGAUUGCAUAGAUCGACUUGUUGGACUAGACGGAAAAUUUGUUGCUGAUCUCGGAUGUGGAUAUGGAAUGCUGAUGUCAGCAGUGGCUCUCGCUCGUGAACCAGCAGCUGUCAUAGGUAGGUGGGUGAUACAAUAUCAACAGCAUUUGAAGAAUUUAGCUCAUUGAGC